AUGGGAAAUACAAAAAGUAACCGAUCGUCUUUGGAAAUGAAACGUUUAGAAGAAAUAACCGGUAUUCCUCGACAAACAUUUAUCGAUAUGCAUGAAAAUAUUAAACGUAAAUCUGGUACUGAAGGAGGUACAGUACUUGUAAGCAGAGCUGAUGCUCGUCAUGAGAUUAAUCAAACAGGUGUUGGUUAUAAUAAUCAAAAACAAGUUGAUGCUGCAUUUGGAUUCUUCGAAGAAAAUGGUAAUUUUACGACUGAAGAAUUAUUUUCUAUAAUAGUUAUGUUAGCUGAAACAAUGGAUGGUGUCAAUCGACUUUCUUAUGUUGUUGAUACACAUAAUCCAAAGGGUGCAGACAGUGAAAACGUGUCACGUAAAUAUGGUCAAAGAAUAUUGGAAUGUAUUACUGAAUUUUAUGGAAUCAAAAACGCUGAUAAACCUGAACAUGUUUGGGUUGCAUUAUGUGGUGGAACUGAUAAAGCAAAAGUAACACGUGAACACUUCGUUAAAUAUGUUACUUCCACUGAUCCAUAUCAAGACUUUUUAAUUUAA